AUGGCACAGCAGGCGGGUCAGGCGCGGGGAGGGUGGUACCCUCCAUUCCCCCCUCCGCCAAGUCAACAAUCACCAAACUUCUUCCCGCCUCCACCAUCGUCCCCGCCAAACCACUCAUUCCCCCCUCCACCUUUACAAGCAACACAGACACCAUCUCCGCCUCCUUUGCAGCAGCCAACAGCUCAAAGACCAUACAAUUAUGCCGCCGUUCCAGCCUCCGCCCCUGCUCACAAGACCACCUUCGACCAUGCCGCCAUCCAUCAGCGACAACCAUCCUAUACUGGCCCACCCCAGCCUCAACCAGGCGCCGUCCCUCAGCCAGGAGAGCAAGUCGCGUCCCCACGAUUUCAGAAGUUGAAAGGAGAGGCUACUGCACUGACUAAAGAGUUCGGUGGCCUUAUGAGGGCACCUACAGAACAGUCCCAGAUGGUUGCAGGCGUUCCUCAGGGCGGUCAGUUCGUUGGCGUGCAGGCUACAGUACAAGGCGAUGACGUUGGGACAUUCAAUGGAGGGUCAUACCGCAUCUCACAUCGUGACACAAAUUCUAUUCUUACCAUACAGCUUGCCGUUGGGUGCCCUAUCACAGCGAGACCAGGUGCCAUGAUUGCCAUGUCACCCUCCGUCAAUCUGAAAGGUACCCUCAAGUUCAGCAUGAAGAAAUUCCUUAUUGGUGGUGAAAUGACGCACUCCAUAUUCACUGGCCCUGGUGAGUUGCUCCUGGCCCCGAGCACUCUUGGUGACAUUACAAUACUCCAGAUGGGGGGAAAUGACAACUGGAGUGUGGGCCGUGAUGCUUUCCUCGCCUGCACACAAGGCAUUAUCAAGGAAUACAAAAACCAGGGCUUUAGCAAAGCCAUCUUCUCUGGUGAGGGAAUGUUCGUGUACAGAAUGUCCGGCAAAGGUUUAUUGUGGGUAUCAACAUUUGGUGCCAUCCUAAAGAAAGAUCUCAUUGAUGGUGAGCGGUAUAUUAUCGACAAUGGGCAUUUAGUUGCGUGGAACUGCAAAUAUGUCUUGGAACGAGUGGCUAGUGGAGGUAUCAUCUCCGGUGUCACCAGCGGUGAGGGUCUGGUUUGCAAAUUUACAGGGCCUGGCACUGUCUACAUGCAGACCCGUAAUGCCACAGCGUUCCAGGCGUUUAUCUCUGGUUCAGCAGCAAAGGAGUUGUGA